AGGAGCGGGUGGUGGGCAUGGCGGACGCCCCGGGGCCUGAGCCGCCCGCGGACGGUGGCGAGCGGGCCACGUGGGACAACAAGCUGCAGUACCUCCUGAGCUGCGUCGGGUUCGCCGUGGGCCUGGGCAACCUCUGGCGGUUCCCGUACCUGUGCCAGACCUACGGGGGAGGCGCCUUCCUCAUCCCCUACCUCAUCGCCCUGGCCCUCGAGGGCAUCCCUCUCUUCCACGUCGAGCUCGCCGUCGGCCAGCGCCUGCGCCGGGGCAGCACAGGCGUGUGGACGGCCAUCUCGCCCUACCUGGGCGGAAUAGGGCUGGGCUGCUUCCUCCUGUCCGUCCUGGUCAGCCUGUACUACAACACGGUCCUAACUUGGGUGCUGUGGUACCUCCUCAACUCCUUCCAACACCCGCUGCCCUGGAGCACCUGCCCACCGGACCUCAACCGCACAGGGCUCUUGCGGGAAUGCCGGGACAGCAGCCCCGUGAGCUACUUCUGGUACCGGCAGACGCUGAACAUCACGGCCAACAUCAACGACAGUGGCUCUGUCCAGUGGCGACUGCUGGUCUGCUUGGCGGCCUCCUGGGCCAUCGUAUACCUCUGUGUCAUCAGAGGUAUUGAGACCACUGGGAAGGCAAUUUAUUUCACGGUCUUGUUCCCUUACCUGGUCCUCACGGUUUUCCUCGUCAGAGGGCUCACCCUGCCCGGGGCGACCGAAGGACUGACCUACCUGUUCACGCCUGAUAUGCAGGUCCUGCAGAGCCCCCGGGUGUGGCUGGAUGCAGCAACCCAGAUAUUCUUCUCUCUGUCCCUGGCCUUCGGAGGGCACAUCGCUUUUGCGAGUUACAACCCGCCCAGGAACAACUGCGCGAGGGACGCGGUGACCAUCGCCCUGGUCAACAGCAUGACCUCCCUCUACGCUUCCAUUGCUGUCUUCUCUGUCCUGGGGUUCAAGGCGGCCCACGACCACGGGCGCUGCCUGGAUGGAAACAUCCUCCACCUCCUCAACGCCUUCGACCUCCCCGACCAGAGCAUCUCCAGGGACGACUACGCCGCUGCCCUCGUGCACCUGAACGCCACCCGGCCCGGGCGGGUGGCCCAGCUCCCCCUGGAGGCCUGCCGCCUGGAGGACUUCCUGGAUAAGAGCGCCUCGGGCACGGGCCUGGCCUUCAUCGUCUUCACGGAGGCCGUCCUCCACAUGCCGGCGGGCCCCGUCUGGGCCGUGCUCUUCUUCGGGAUGCUGUUCAGCCUGGGCCUGUCGUCCAUGUUCGGGAACAUGGAAAGCAUCCUCACCCCGCUCCUGGACGCGGGGCUCAUGCCCAGAUGGGUCCCCAAGGAGGCCCUGACCGGGCUGGUCUGCCUGGUCUGCUUCCUCUUGGCCACCUGCUUCACGUUGCAGUCCGGAAACUACUGGCUCGAGAUCUUCGACCGCUACGUCGCUUCCCUGAACCUGAUCUUCUUUGCGUUCUUCGAGGUGGUCGGAGUCAUUUAUGUUUACGGGAUGAAACGGUUCUGCGACGACAUAGCCUGGAUGACGGGGAGGCAGCCCGGCCUCUACUGGCAGGUGACCUGGAAGGUGGUCAGCCCCCUGCUGCUGCUGAGCAUCUUCGUGGCCUACACUGCCCUCCUGGCCAGCUCGCCGCCGGCUUACAAGGCCUGGAACCCCCGACACGAGCAGUUCCCCUUGCAGCAGGAAAAGCCCUACCCGGGAUGGGUGCAGGCCGUCUGCGUGCUCCUGUCCCUCCUGCCUGCGCUGUGGGUCCCGGUGGUCGCCCUGGCCCAGCUGCUCGCCAGGUGCAGACGGAAGCGGCAGGACAGCCCAGCUCCGACACACACGCUCUUCUCCCAACGGGGCACAGCCCGCUCCGCCUCCUGGGCCCUGCGGCCGGUGGUCCUGCCCAGGGCAGGCUGGGUGGCCCUGCACGGUGCCCGGCGAGACCACGGCCACGUCAGCGGGGGUCCCGACGGCCAGGCCCGCGGCGGGGGCGUGUCUGGGAAGGCCCAGCUACACCCCACAGCUGAGGGCCCGCGCGCCACGCGCAUCUGGGAACCAACCUGCAGGCAGGGCUGGUCUCUGAGGCAAAGCAGCUGA